CUCAAACAUUUUCCCACGUGGAAUAAGAAUAUAUGAUAAGAUAUGUCAUGAUUGAUUGCGAACUUUAGUCUAGUGGAGGAAAGCCUUCCUUCUGAUGAGGAAAGAAAGCAGAGAGUUUGAGAGAAGGAGAGAAAUUGUAGGAAACCAUCCAAUACUCAACAGCCACCAACCACCAUCAACAAUUACUUCUUGGAUCAACAAUUACUCUUGUGAGCUGGAAAAUAGUGAAGAGACUCCGUGUGCUCUUCACAGAGGCUUCAGUCAACCCAUGCUACUCCAUUUGUUUAUGUUCUUUCAUUCUGUAUAAGUAGAGUAGGAAAUCUUCUGUAUCAAACCAAGCUUUCCAUCAAUAAACAUCUUAGCAAAUUCAUCAGAAAUGGCGGGAGGAGGAAGAUUUGUUUAUGGGGAUUUGCUGCCAUUCUCAGCGAUGGUGAGUAUGGAGUGUAUGAAUGUUGGGUUGAACACACUCUUCAAAGCUGCAACAACGGCGGGCAUGAGCUACUAUGUCUAUGUUGUCUAUGCAUACGCAAUUGCUGCUCUUGUCCUUCUCCCUGCCCCCUUCUUCUCCCACAGAUCAAGAGCUCUUCCUCCACUGAGUUUCUCCGUACUAUGGAAAAUCGGUCUUCUCGGCAUCAUUGUGGGCUCAUCUUCGAUUGUGGGAUCCGCAGGCAUCAGCUACAGCUCUCCAACGUUGGCUUCAGCCAUUGCCAACCUCACUCCAGCCUUCACCUUCAUAUUGGCUGUCAUGUUCAGGAUGGAAAAAGUAGUAUUGAGGAGAGGAUCCCAUCAGGCCAAAGUGUUGGGCACAAUAGUGUCAAUUGCAGGUGCAUUUGUUGUCACUCUCUACAAGGGUGCUCCGAUGUUCAUUGCUGCUUCUUCAUCGUCCUCGUCGUUCGCUCAACUCUAUCAGUCCCUUGAGAGCUCACCAGCACAGUACUGGGUCCUUGGUGGGAUUUUUCUCACCUUGUUCUUCCGCAACAUAGCCGUGACCAUCACAGCCACGAUUGUCGCUCUGUACACUGAAGGAACUUGUGCAAGUGCCUGGAUAUUGAGGCCUAAUGUAGCAUUGGCCUCGGUGUUGUGCACGGGGCUACUUGGGUCGUGCUUGAAGUCCGUUGUUCGUGCGUGGGUAGUGAGGAAGAAGGGGCCAGUAUUCGUGGUGAUGUUCAAGCCUUUCUCUGUCGUGAUUGCUGUUGCUAUGGGCGCCAUGUUCUUGGGUGACACGCUUUAUGUAGGAAGUGUGAUUGGGGCAGUGGUGCUCUCGAUUGGAUUCUACGCUGUGAUGUGGGGGAAAGCUCAUGAGGAUGAUUGCUGCAGCCAGCAGAAGGACACUCAGUCCACAGAGAAGGCUCCUCUGUUGCAGACUAGCAGGAGGAAUGCUCAAGUUUAAGCUGCUGACACCAUUUGGCAGACACAAAAAUGAAGGAUUCAUGAAUUGAUGAGCUUGGGCUUGGCCAAUGAUCCAUGUGGAAAUAUUAUUAGAACUCGAAUUAGCUCUAGUGAGAUGGGAAUGGUAGCAUCAUUCCCUCCCUCUUAAAAAAAAAAAAUUGGUCCUAAAAUCUUGUUGUGGCCAUGUUAAUCCGGAUAGGCCUCCCGCACCCAAAAAAAUCAACAUGCUAAUUGCUAAAAGGAAUCACAGUACUCCGAUUUUCAACAGCAUCUUUCAUGACUGCCAUGGUUAGUGACUUAGAGUAAAUGUAGGAGUCUUAGUAACUGCUUGUUUGUACUAUUAGAUAGUGCAUCUCAUGAUCCACGGCAGUAGAAUGAAUCGCGAUUACGAAAUUCACAAUUCAUGUUGGAUGUACUUGUAUGGUGUGGAGUUGUUUAGUCACCACCACUCUGUAAUUUAUGCUUGUAAAUCUCACGUGGGAUAUAUAUGGUUUUGUACUUGGCACACACUC